UUUGGUAAAAGCCCAAGAAGCCUCGCCAGAUCUACCUCCAUUCGUGCCCGUCUCCCACUGCCGCUCCCAACUCCGGCGACCACCGCACCACCACCAUGGCCGCCCGCCGGAGCACCACCUUCCCCCGUCUCCUCCUCCCCGCCCUAUCGCUCCUGCUCCUCUGCUCGUCACUCCCGCCCCUCGCCGCCGCGUACCGCCCCGGCGACAUCGUCCCCAUGCUCCGCUCCGGCCAGUACCACGGUUCGAGGUCGGUGCCGUUCGACGUGGUGGGCCGCCACUGCCCGGCCUUCGCGGUCAACCGGGAGGUGCUGAUGCCGAUCCCAAAGCCGACCGGGUUCACCGGUGCUGAUCCGUACAAGAUAACAUUUCAAAUUGGACAUGAGAAGUUCCAUGUUCCUUGGCUUUAUGUUAUAAAUCGCAAAACCUCUGAAGUUCCACUGAUUGAUUUCCAUUUGAAGUACUCUGGAAACGAUCUACUUGGGGUUACAGCUAAAGUUGUGGACAUGCCUCACCACUAUGUGGAAGUUCAUCCUGACAUAAAGAACAAUUUCUGGGAUUCACAAAAUUGGCCAAAAUAUGUUCUUGUUAGAUAUACAUGGGAGGAGCAAUCAGAGAUAGACGUCGCUGGAGGAUUUUAUGUGUUAUUUGGAUCUGGGCUUGUUCUGUCCUUCGUUCUUGCAAUCUACGUCCUGCAGUCAUCCCAGGAAAAGUUGACAAGGUUUGUGCGAGAAGCAGUUGCUGAUAGUAGCCUACCAGAGGGAGGGAUUGCAAAGGUCGAGUGACCUUUCCACAGGAUGCCAUACUACCCACUAAUUUCUGCACUGAUCGAAGCACCAACAAGAGAUUCACAACUUAAGGGCAGCCAACUUUCUUGGAUGUGCAGCUUCUAAUACUACAGAACAGCAUACAUCUGAAGAGACUGGAUUAUUUCUUGUGCAUGCUCUGAAAGCAACUUCAUUGUAAUAUGAUAGAAGUGGAGAAGAUGAAACAUAGGAUUCGCAGUAUAAUGGCAUUUCUACCAGACGGGAUUGGUUACUUAGCUCGUUGCAGAGUGAGAAUUUGGGUUGAACAGUUUUUUAUGUGGGUUUUGUAGAAACUGUAGUAAAAAUGUAAAAACAGCUGUGCCAAUAGGCAAAAGUGUAUGCUUUGCCUUGAAGCUAGAUUUGCAAAAUACAACAUUUAUUUGAACCCCGU